GACUUUCUAAAGAGACCCUGUUCUAUGAAAUCUCUGAACCACCCAAUGGCUCCUGUGUCUUCAAUUCAUUUUCCGCCAUUUACAUGUUGCCAUGUUUCAACCCUUUUCCCCUUUUUCUAGGGUUUCUGAUCUCCACUAACCAUCUCUCUCAACACCGCCCCUUGGUUCCUAGGGUUUCAAAUUCCAAUUCAUGAUCCUUCAUCACCGAGAUAGUUAGUUCACAAAGAACAUAACCGCAGUGAUUUGGUUCGAAUCUCUCCGUAGGAUUGAUUCGUCUGAGGAUUUCUACUGGUUCGGGUUUUGAAUCACCCAAUUUGAAAUCGGUAAGAACUAUAAAGAAAUCGAGUAUCUACAAUCAAGAGAAGACAGCAAAUUUUAAUCAGUUUCAAGAUCAAAAUUAUUAAUUUAUCCCUCUCUAGAGUUUUUUGUUUCUUCAUCGAGAUGGACGACGGGGAGAUUGAUUUCUCGAGUAUUGGUGAAUUCCCAAGCAGUUGCUCGAUGGACAGCUUUUUUGAUGAACUUCUCCAGGACACACAUGCCUGCACUCAUACUCACACUUGCAACCCACCAGGCCCUGAUUUCUCACAUACACACACUUGUUUUCAUGUGCACACCAAAAUUGUAUCUGCCCCAACUGAGGAUAAAGUUGCCAGUGAUGAUACUGCAGAGUCUGAUGAAAAGCAAUCAAAGAAACGCCCAUUGGGUAAUCGUGAAGCAGUUCGCAAGUACCGAGAGAAGAAGAAGGCUCGCGCCGCAUCGUUAGAGGAUGAAGUUCGCAGAUUGAGGGGUUUGAAUCAGCAGUUGUUGAAGAGAUUGCAGGGUCAGGCUGCAUUGGAGGCCGAGGUUGCGAGGCUCAAGUGUUUGCUUGUGGACAUUCGAGGAAGGAUUGAAGGGGAGAUUGGAUCAUUUCCUUAUCAGAAGUCGGUCAAGAGUGGAGAUAUGUAUCAAAACUUGGCUAAUUCGAACUCAGCUGGUGCAUAUGUGGUGAAUCCUUGUAAUAUACAGUGUGAUGAUCAGGUCUACUGCCUUCAUCCAGAGGUGGAAGGAAAAAGUGGGGAAGGUGUAGCAUUAAACGGUCAAGGUUUUGGUGGUUGUGAAUUUGAGAAUCUGCAGUGUCUGGAGAGCAUGAAUUCCGGAUUAAAGGAGCUCCCUGGUUGUGGACCUGGGAAUGUAGCAUCUAAGGUCGGUUCUUCUGGUACAAACAAGAGAAAAGGAGGGGCUCGUGCUGCGACAGCUAGUUGAAGAGCUAAACAGAUGGAGGUAUCUUUAUUCUCUGGGAUACACAUGGUCUAGUAAAUAGUAGUUUUGUUGAACUCCAAUGAAUCUUCCCUUGAGAUCAUUUUGUGCUCUUAUAUUUUGUCGACUUUCUUUUAUCUCUACCCUGCUGUUUCGUGUUUCAAGAUGCAUCCCCGUCCGUAUGAAGCCCGACAUCAGCUAGAUUUGUGCUCUUCUAGUUGUUAGUAUGUUCAGUUUAUGGUCUUCAGUCCAAGUAAGUCUACAAAAAUGUUGGGAAAGCGAAGUGCUAAAUGGGAGCCUGACAACUUCUUCACUCAGCCUUCUUAUUCUUUACAAUGAUGCAUAAAUUGGUAUUUUAGUUACCAUUGCAUGAUAUGUACUUUUUUUUUUUUUUUAAGCUAUGAGAAUUUCAAUUCUGAAUUACAGAAUGUAUGGAAUGUGGGGUCUCUUCCAUGGUUUAAUAUUUCACUUCCAUGGGUUCAAAACAGUGAGUUACAGAUCGUGCUUCUGGAGACCCUAACUUGUAUGUUGAAUACUAGUUUGCAAAUGUUCCAGCUCCUGUUAUUCUA